AUGGCGGACAGUGGUUUCGUUGUGGGAGGCCUGCGCACCAUCAUGUCAGAGGAGGAUGGACAAGAUAGAACGACGUGGAUCUCUCCGGUGACAGUCAGUGAUGACUCGAAGACCACAAAAAGAGUGCCUUCUCGACCGGGACGUGGUGAAGUGUUUGCCCGUAUAAUAGGUGUGAGAAAAGCAGUCACCAAUUACGAAACCUACAUUGGCUAUGAAAUUGAAACUGUGGCAAACCGAGACGACUAUCCUUCAGACGUGUGUGUUGUUGAACGCCGCUAUCGAGAAUUCGACUGGCUACACAAACGGUUUCAACGGGCCUAUGCAGUUCUUUUUGUUCCCGUAAGUUAA